AACACCGCCUCCGUCGCAUGUUUAUUGUCGUCAUCUUUAAGCUCACGAAGUGUGGCAGACAAGUGAUAAGCCACACGUUUACAGGUGAAUUUAAUGCUGUUGGGACAAUCGUUCUGCUCAUAUUCGACUACAUAAGAUGUCUUCACUCCUCAAGGUGGAUAGUGAAAUUAAAACCAAGGUCGCUGCUUUCAAGGAACGUAUCACCGCAGAAGCAGAGGAUCUAGUUGCCAAUUUUUUCCCAAAGAAGUUACUGGAACUUGACCAUUUCCUCAAGGAUCCAAGCAUAAACAUCACUGAACUGAAGGAAAUUCACUCAGACAUAAAUCUGCCAGUGCCAGAUCCCAUCUUGUUCUCAAAUCUCCACGACGGACUAGAUGCGCAAAAUGCCAAAAAGAGGAAGCUGGAGGAUGGAAGUGGGGAUGACAUGGUGACUGGCACCAAGGUCUUUGUCAUGCCUGAUGGGAUGAUGAAGAGUAAUGCAAACCUUGUUGAUCUUAUUGAAAAGGUCAAGCCCGAGAUCAGGACACUCAUAGAAAAAUGUAACACAGUUAAAAUGUGGGUUCAGCUCCUCAUCCCGAGGAUAGAGGAUGGGAACAACUUUGGGGUGUCAAUCCAGGAGGAGACAGUAGCUGAACUCAGAACAGUUGAAGGGGAGGCUGCAUCUUACCUCGACCAGAUAUCAAGAUACUACAUCACAAGGGCAAAGCUGGUUUCUAAAAUAGCAAAAUAUCCACAUGUGGAGGACUAUCGGCGCACAGUAACCGAGAUUGACGAGAAGGAAUACAUCAGUCUGAAAAUCAUAGUUUCGGAGCUCAGAAAUCAAUACGUAACGUUACACGACAUGAUCCUGAAGAACAUCGAGAAGAUCAAGAGGCCUCGAAGCAGUAAUGCUGACGCUUUGUACUGAUGUUCAUCCAGCUGUCUCUGCAUCCACCCACCCACCCCACGCCGUCUGCCCCCUCGUCUCUUCACCAUGCCUGUUGAGCAACAGUAGCCGGGCCCCGGUCCGCAGGACUACAGCUAGACAUUCACCUUCUCCAAUACAAUCACAAGACAGCCCAAUACAAAGACAUAGCUUCUAUAGAUGGACACAUGUUUUGUUUUGUUUGUUUUAAUUGUAAAAUAUUGUUUUUAAACCGUUUGAAGAGUAUUCACUCAGAAAAUGGGGAGACAGAUCAUAAGCCCUUUUCAGACGUGCGCCAGAUAUCAUUGCUAUUAAACUGAUGGCAGUCUGUCAUGCACUCAUCAA